GGAACGGGGCUUGUUCUCUGUUUUGCAGCAGCGACCUUCAGGCCUGGUCACCAGUUUCAUCAGCUGCCGGCCGGGGCCCAGCACGCCCCCAGCGCCAGGCUGGUUCAAACGCGCGGCCUUUGGCCGCCACGCCACGCCGCGCCGCGGCGCGGGGGUGAGCUCCAGCCGCCUGGCCGGGGCGUGCCCCGCGCUCUGCCCAGGACACCCGGGGGCAGUGACGUGGCGGCUCGGACGGUCAGGGCUCACGGUCACGCAGCGAGUGAGGGCUGCGCGCGGGGCUGGGGCUAGCCCAUUCAAAGGCGCCGGCCCCUCCCAUUCCGCGCGGGGUGCGCGCGCAGGGAGUGAGCACGGCGGAGUCCCCCCCCCCCGUUGUGCGUUGCUUCGUACGGAGGAGGCGUGUCCUACUACGGCCGCCGUACUACCGAUGUGGUCCGUCACCGUCGCGCGGAGCGGUUCCACGUCAGCCACAGCCGAGCAGCGGGCACAGCCGGGAGGGAGCCGGGGCUGGAGGGGGCUGCCGCGGGCAGCACGGGAGGCAGAGUGCCUGAUAUUUGUCAGAAGUAGUUCUUCUAUUAAGAAAGUAUUUGUGACCAAGAACAAUGACAGCUGCAGAGAAUGUAUGUUAUACGUUGAUUAAUGUUCCAAUGGAUUCAGAACCACCAUCUGAAAUCAGCUUAAAAAAUGACCUAGAAAAAGGAGAUGUAAAGUCUAAGACAGAGGCCUUGAAGAAAGUAAUUAUCAUGAUCCUGAACGGUGAAAAACUACCUGGACUUCUGAUGACUAUUAUUCGUUUUGUACUGCCUCUUCAAGAUCAUACCAUCAAAAAACUGCUGUUAGUCUUUUGGGAGAUAGUUCCGAAGACCACUCUGGAUGGCAAACUGUUGCAAGAAAUGAUCCUUGUAUGUGAUGCCUAUAGAAAGGAUCUUCAGCACCCCAAUGAAUUUAUCCGGGGUUCUACUCUUCGUUUUCUUUGCAAGCUGAAAGAAGCAGAAUUACUGGAACCUUUAAUGCCAGCUAUUCGUGCAUGUUUAGAACAUCGUCACAGCUAUGUGCGCAGAAAUGCAGUCCUGGCAAUCUACACAAUUUACAGAAACUUUGAACAUCUUAUACCUGAUGCUCCUGAAUUGAUCCAUGAUUUCCUGGUGAAUGAGAAAGAUGCAAGCUGCAAAAGAAAUGCAUUUAUGAUGCUAAUUCAUGCAGAUCAGGAUCGAGCUUUGGAUUAUUUGAGUACCUGCAUUGACCAAGUCCAGACAUUUGGUGACAUUCUUCAGCUGGUUAUUGUUGAACUAAUUUACAAGGUCUGCCAUGCUAAUCCAUCAGAAAGAGCUCGAUUUAUACGCUGUAUUUACAACUUAUUGCAAUCAUCUAGUCCUGCAGUAAAAUAUGAAGCAGCAGGAACACUAGUUACACUCUCCAGUGCACCAACAGCUAUCAAGGCAGCAGCUCAAUGUUACAUUGACUUGAUUAUUAAAGAGAGUGAUAACAAUGUGAAACUGAUUGUAUUGGAUCGCUUGAUUGAGCUGAAAGAGCAUCCUGCUCAUGAACGAGUGUUACAAGAUCUGGUUAUGGAUAUACUGAGAGUACUGAGUACUCCAGAUUUAGAAGUGCGCAAGAAAACCCUUCAGUUAGCUCUGGAUCUUGUAUCUUCCAGAAAUGUGGAAGAGCUGGUGAUUGUUUUGAAGAAAGAAGUGAUUAAAACAAACAAUGUGACAGAGCAUGAAGAUACCGAUAAAUACAGGCAGCUACUUGUUCGGACACUGCAUUCCUGCAGCGUUCGGUUUCCAGAUAUGGCUGCAAAUGUUAUUCCUGUGUUGAUGGAGUUCCUAAGUGAUAAUAAUGAAGCUGCAGCUGCUGAUGUCUUGGAAUUUGUGCGUGAAGCAAUUCAGCGGUUUGAUAAUCUCAGACUACUUAUUGUUGAGAAGAUGCUGGAAGUCUUUCAUGCCAUUAAAACUGUCAAGAUUUACAGGGGAGCUUUGUGGAUCCUUGGAGAAUAUUGCAGCACAAAGGAAGAUAUACAAAGUGUAAUGACAGAAGUCCGCAGAUCGCUGGGAGAGAUCCCAAUAGUGGAAUCUGAAAUAAAGAAAGAAGCUGGUGAUCUGAAACCAGAAGAAGAGGUGACUGUGGGUCCAACCCAAAAAUUGGUGACGGAGAUGGGCACCUAUGCUACACAGAGUGCCCUCAGUAGUUCCAGACCUGCCAAAAAGGAAGAAGAUAGACCUCCAUUACGAGGAUUUUUGCUGGAUGGGGAUUUCUUUGUUGCUGCUUCCCUUGCCACAACUUUGACUAAGAUUGCUCUACGCUAUGUGGCUCUUGUUCAGGAAAAGAAGAAACAAAAUUCUUUUAUUGCUGAGGCUAUGUUGCUAAUGGCCACUAUUCUCCAUUUGGGUAAGUCCUCUCUUCCCAAGAAGCCAAUUACAGAUGACGAUGUGGAUCGUAUCUCCCUAUGUCUGAAGGUUUUGUCAGAAUGUUCUCCUCUAAUGAAUGAUAUUUUCAACAAGGAGUGCAGAGAGUCCCUUUCUCAUAUGCUGUCAGCUAAACUAGAAGAGGAGAAACUUUCUCAGAAGAAAGAGUCAGAGAAGAGGAAUGUGACAGUUCAGCCAGAUGACCCCAUUUCCUUCAUGCAACUUACUGCUAAAAAUGAAAUGAACUCAAAGGAAGACCAAUUUCAGCUGAGCCUUCUGGCAGCAAUGGGGACCACGCAAAGAAAAGAAGCUGCUGAUCCCUUGGCAUCCAAACUCAACAAGGUUACUCAGUUGACAGGUUUCUCAGAUCCUGUCUAUGCAGAAGCAUAUGUUCAUGUCAACCAGUAUGAUAUUGUAUUGGAUGUGCUUGUAGUAAACCAGACCAGUGAUACUUUACAGAACUGCACAUUAGAACUAGCCACACUAGGUGACUUGAAAUUAGUGGAAAAACCAUCUCCUUUGACGCUUGCUCCUCAUGAUUUUGCCAACAUUAAGGCUAAUGUCAAAGUAGCCUCAACAGAAAAUGGAAUCAUUUUUGGUAAUAUUGUGUAUGAUGUAUCUGGAGCAGCCAGUGACAGAAACUGUGUUGUCCUCAGUGAUAUUCACAUUGACAUCAUGGAUUACAUCCAGCCUGCUUCUUGUACUGAUGCAGAAUUCCGCCAGAUGUGGGCGGAAUUUGAAUGGGAAAACAAAGUUACAGUUAAUACAAACAUCAUUGAUCUAAAUGAAUACUUACAGCACAUACUAAAAUCAACCAACAUGAAAUGCCUUACCCCAGAGAAGGCACUUUCUGGUUACUGUGGCUUUAUGGCUGCCAAUCUGUAUGCGCGUUCCAUAUUUGGAGAAGAUGCACUUGCAAAUGUCAGCAUUGAAAAGCCAAUUCAUCUUGGACCAGAUGCUCCCGUCACUGGCCACAUACGAAUUCGUGCAAAGAGUCAGGACUUUCGGAUUCAAAAGAACCAUUUACUUUACAUGAUGUGAUUGGAAGAAUUUCGAAAUGAUUUCAAUAGAAGUGGGUAGUAUGUUUACAAUGGAACCAUUAAUGUAAAUGGAACUCCUACAUGAGACACUAUGUUCAGUUUAGUCUGCGACUUGGUCUAACCUAGGGAGUAAUUCACGAUUGAUUGAGUAGCAGCUGGAACUUUGAAUUUCCUUAUUUUUUUAGUUUUACUGAGACUCUAAAACACACAUGCGCGCGCGCGCACACACACGUACAUCUGUUUAUGGGCUAGUAUUUUUUAUGGAGGUGGAAAAGAUUUUGGAGAGCUCAGCAUGUUGAGAGAUGGUGUCUGCAUUUAUAAUGUAUUAUUUUGUAUGUAUUAUGCUAGUGUUGAGCUUUUCCAACGCCCUAAUUUCAAUUAAUGCCAUUUGGACUGACCUUUGUAACUGCUGGACUGACCGCAUUUUAAAACGGUGCAACAUCAAGGGGUUAAAAUUCUUGACUCUUGCUUUUUUGGAGUGGUGGUACAACUUUCUAGUAGCAAAAGAUAUAGUCUAUUUAUGGUUCAUUAUUUCAGCAAGAUAUUAUACACAAAUCUAGCUUAUUCAUGCUUUUUGGAAACUAUGUACUGAACUGUAGCUACAAAUAAAUAAAAUGUCAUUGAAUUAAAAAUAUUUUCUUUUCCAUGGAAUUAGUUUCAUGAAUUUUAUAUACGGAACUGUAGGUUAAUACUGGUAACAGAGAGGUGGUGGUGUGGUGUUUUUGGGUGGGGGUGUUGAGAUGACAGUAAUUUUAUGAAAUAGCCGAGGUGUGAACAUCUUUUCUUUUUUAUUUCCUUACAGGGAAUGGCCCUAAGUCUUGGAGAUAAAAUUAAUCUGUCUCAGAAGAAAACGAGUUUAUAAACUUGACAGUUAACCUUUUCAGAGCUUUUACAUUUAAAUUUUAGGUAUGUGGCUUGUUGGAUUCAGAACAUCUAGUAUUCUUCCAUGUUCUGUAAUUGUAGAAGCAGCGCUUUUGUGCUGAAUGCCUUCCAGUGGAUAAUUUAUAGAUUCUUCUGAUCAAUCUCGAGUAAAACUUUAAAACAUCAAUUUAUUUUUUUCUCUUUUUUUCUUAAAAGUCAUGUAUACUUUGUCUCUAAUAUAUACUGACUAUUUCACAGUACAAUAAACAAAUCUAAGCCAG